UGGCAGCGGUAGAUUCGAUUUGCCCCUCCGCAGCCCUUGCGCCGCGCACGCUCGUGCACUCACAUGACAAGGCUCACAGACUGUCAGCGACAUAGCCGCGCGGCGGGACCUGCACACUCCCCUGUGAUCUUUAAGACCUUGGCGACGCUCCUCGGCUCGGUCACGCUUUAAACAAGAACCUGCUCCUGUCUUCUCGAACUUUUCUAACGGAAUAUAUCACGGUUUUUUUGUUCGUUUUUCCCCAUCGGACAAGACUUUGAUUUAAAUCAUGCCAGCCGACACUAUGGAGAAGCAGACAGCGUCUCCAAUCGCCGGUGCACCCGCAAGCGGAUCCCAUACUCCGGACAAACCAAAGAAUGCCAGCGAGCACAGAAAGUCUUCAAAGCCUAUCAUGGAGAAACGCCGGAGAGCCAGAAUCAACGAAAGUCUGGGACAACUGAAGACCCUUAUUCUUGAUGCCCUUAAAAAAGAUAGUUCCAGACAUUCUAAACUGGAGAAAGCUGAUAUUCUCGAGAUGACAGUCAAGCAUUUGAGGAACAUGCAGCGCGUUCAGAUGACCGCAGCGAUGUCAACAGAUACAACCGUCCUGAGCAAGUAUCGCGCGGGAUUCAACGAAUGCAUGAACGAGGUGACGCGUUUUCUGUCCACCUGCGAAGGGGUGAAUACAGAGGUCCGGUCUCGGCUCCUCGGCCACCUGUCCAGCUGCCUGGGGCAGAUGAUGGCCAUGAACUACCCGCAGCCGCCGCCGGCGCAGCAGGCGCACCUGGCGCAGCCCCUACACGUGCAGCUCCCGUCCACCCUGCCGGUCAGCGGCGCCUCGGUCACCUCCAAACUCAGCCCGUCGGAAACGGUCUCGCCAAAGGUCUUCGGAGGGUUCCAGCUGGUGCCCGCCACUGAUGGACAGUUCGCGUUUCUUAUUCCCAACCCUGCGUUCCCCUCUGCAACCACCCCGGUCAUUCCGCUCUACGCUAAUGCCGGCGUUCCGGUCGCUGUCAACGCCGGCCCGGUCCAUGCCAGCUCGGCUCCUACGGUUGCGUCCCCGGUCCAGGGGAUGACCUCUUUCGCCGGCGGGUCACAGGCGGUCAGUCCUGUUGGUGUCAGUGCGGGUGUAGAGAGCAGCGAGCCGGUGUGGCGACCGUGGUAGAAGAACUAGACGUCGCUUUUUUUUUCGUUAUGAAGAAAUAAAUGUUAAGUUCCGUUUUAAGGGACUAUGUAUUUAUCUUUCGAUGAUUCAUGUUGAAAUUUAUUGGCCGUUUCCAAAAUUUGGAUUUUGUUUGAUGGAUAUGCUGUAUGCUAAUAUUCAAUAGGAGAAACACACAAAGUACUUUUUUUAUGAAAUAAUUUAGUUUUGUACAAAGUUUGUAAAAGAUUGUUACAUGCCAAAGUGUUGUCAUGUUGAUUGGAUUUUAAUGUUUGAUGAUGAAUAAAUCUGAAAAACGAAACAAA